AUGUCAGGCUCCAACAACGUCGAGAUAACCACCACUCAGCGCAUGAUCUCCGCCACCUGGGGCAGUAUCUUGACUUCACUGCUCGUGACGCCGCUCGAUGUUGUGCGUGUGCGGUUACAAUCCCAGCAAGCUCCUCCGCCCUCGAAUCUCUCCCGGUUCCCCGCUUACUCUACCAACUUCAAACACCUUCCACCUGAUCUAGGCGUCAACUCAUGUUGUCGAGAAGUGUUUUUUGUUGGAAACAAUGGUCAGUUCUGCCUCGCAGGAAAUGGCUCCACACAGGGAUCAUCAGCACUCACAGCUGAAUGUGCCGUGGAAGAAACCCAGCGGAGAACUUUCACCUCCACCCUCGACGGCCUGAAGAAGAUUGCCAGGAACGAAGGCUACACAACGCUAUGGCGAGGCCUUUCUCCCACCUUGUUGAUGGCAAUCCCCGCAAACGUCAUAUAUUUUACAGGCUACGACUGGCUCCGAUAUCAUCAUAGCAGUCCGAUCAGAAAGAUCUCGUCCGACACAUACGCCCCUCUGGUUGCUGGUUCCUUCGCACGGAUAGCAGCUGCGAUUGCAGUUUCGCCUAUCGAGAUGUUCCGAACUCGAAUGCAAGCGGUCUCUGGCAUUGACACCGGUGUAUUCAAGGAAACUUUACUUGGCCUGCAUCGCAUGACCCAGACUCAGGGAUACACAUCCCUCUGGCGCGGGUUGACUCUGACCAUGUGGCGAGAUGUGCCCUUUUCCGGCAUCUACUGGUGGGGAUAUGAAGCGAUCCGAAACAAACUGACUGAUGCUCGGCAAUUGGCUAAAGGGCAACAUCUCCAGUCUGGCAGCUCCUUGACGAGCGGACGCACGGCUCAAGCCCACGAAGACCACACAACCACCUUCAUCGACAGUUUCCUAGCUGGCGCAGGUUCCGGCGCUGUUGCUGCUUUCGUCACCACGCCCUUCGACGUCGGCAAGACCCGUCAGCAAGUUUAUCACCAUGCUGGAGACGACGCCCCAUCCGUGAUAGCAGCACGGGAGGCCGCGAAGGUCGGCAAACACAUUCCGGAGGAGCUGUCGAUACCGCGCUUCCUCCACCAUAUUUUCACCGAGGAAGGUAUCAGCGGGCUGUUCAAGGGAUGGGCGGCGCGAUGUUUGAAAGUCGCACCCGCGUGUGCGAUCAUGAUUAGCAGUUACGAAAUGGGCAAGAAGUGGGCGAAGACGGUGAAUGAAAAGAAGGAGGAGAGGAAGGCUACGGCUUGA